AUGACACAGAAGAAAAUAAACACACCAGGAGAAGAAGUGCUUAUAAGCAUUCGGGAAUUUUCAGAACUGAAAGAUAGCCCAGAAGUAGACAGAGUCCUGAUGGAUGAUCCUCACCCAAUUCCUUAUGCAUUUUAUCAUCCAGGAAAUCUGAUCCUAGGUGCUAUUGUUUCCCAGGUGUUCUUCCUGCAUAAUCCUCCUUCGUUCAUUGAACUGCCAGUACAGAUGCUAAUUGAUGAACCCGUUUCAGUACCAAAGAACUAUCAGCACAUCCUGGCCUUGGCAUUUGCUGUAAAAGAGAUCAAUGAGAAUCCCCAAAUCUUAUCUAAUAUUACUCUGGGGUUCCACAUCCUCAACAGCUACUACACAGCAAGUAUGACCUGUAAAGCCACUCUCAGCCUGCUUUCUGGACAACAUAGGUUUGUUCCAAACUUCAAGUGUAAUCUUCAGAGUAAUCUGAUGGCUGUCAUUGGAAGCCUUGUUUCUAAGACCUCCACAAAUAUUGCCACAAUUUCUGCCAUCUACAAGAUCCCACAGCUCACAUUUGGAUCAUUUUCUCCACUACAAGAAGAUAAAACACUAUUUUCUUCCUUGUAUCAGAUGGUCCCAAAUGAAUACCAUCAAUACAUUGGGGUUGUCAGACUACUUCAGCAUUUCACAUGGAUGUGGAUUGGACUCUUUGCUGUGGAUGAUGACAACGGGGACAAAUUUUUGCAGACAACAGUGCCAAUGCUUUCCCUUCAUGGCAUUUGUUAUGCCUUUAUGGUUAAAAUUCCAAAACAGGCCUAUAUGAAUGAGCUGAUAAACUUGCUUAUUGGGCAAGUGGAGAAAUAUUCAGUUUUGAUGGAAAGAAAAGUCAAUGUAUUUUUUGUAUAUGGGGAACCUCCAUCCUUUCAAGUACUGAGAUUGCUACUGUUUCUAGCAUAUAAUUGGUGGGGAUUUCCAGCAAUAGGUAAAGUAUGGAUUGCUACAUCCCACUGGGAUUUUGAUUCAUUGUCCAUUCAGAAGACAUGGGGAAUGCAGACUUUCCAUGGUUCCAUAGUCUUCAGUGUUCACUCCAAUCAGCCAUUUGGUUUCCAAAAAUUCAUUCAGAAGAUAAGUCCCUCCUGGGCCAAACAAGACGGCUUUAUCCAGGCUUUCUGGGAACAGGCAUUCAGCUGCUCAUUAAAAAUAUCCAAAGAGCAAGGGGAGAAGAAACCAUGCACUGGGGAAGAAAAACUAGAGACAAUUCCUGGAACUUUGUUUGAAAUGAACAUGACUGGCCAUAGCUACAAUGUCUACAAUGCUGUCUAUGCUGUGGCACAUGCACUGGAUGCCUUAUACAAAUCUAGCUCCAAGUACAAAAGAUCGACAAAAGGAGGGAGAAUGAUUUUGCAAAAUGUGCAGCCAUGGGAGCUCCAUCCUUUUCUUAAAAACAUCUUGUUCAAUAAUAGUGCUGGAGACACUAUUCAUUUUGAUGAAAAUGGAGCAUUAGUGGCUGGCUUUGAUGUGACAAAUUGGUUGAUGUUCAACAAUGAAUCAGUGGUGAGGGUCAUAUUUGGAACAAUGGAUCCUCAAGCUCCUCUGGGCAAGGAAUUAUCUCUCAAUGAUGAUGCAAUUGUGUGGCACACAAGCUUUAAUAAGGUUCUGCCCCUUUCUGUCUGCAAUGAGAACUGCUAUCCUGGAUACAGCAGGAAGAAAAAGGAGGGGGAGAAGUUUUGUUGCUAUGAUUGUGCGCCAUGUCCGGAAGGGAUGAUUUCAUAUCAGAAGGACAUGGAUGCAUGUGCCAAAUGUUCAGAAGAUCAGCACUCAAAUUUGGAACGGAACCAAUGCAUUCCAAAGAUUAUAAGCUACCUUUCAUAUGGGGAACCUUUGGGGAUCACUCUAGCUUUGUCUGCUGUUGGCUUUGCCAUGAUCACAGCCUUAGUACUUGGAAUCUUUGUGAAAAACCAUGGCACUCCCAUAGUGAAAGCCAACAAUCAGACCCUCACCUACAUCCUCCUCAGCUCCCUUUUUCUUUGCUUCCUCUGCUCCUUGCUGUUCCUUGGGAAGCCAACACAGAUGACUUGUCUUCUUCGGCAAAUAACUUUUGGCAUCAUCUUCUCUGCUGCUCUUUCUGCUCUUUUGGCAAAGACUAUCACUGUAGUUUUAGCAUUCAUGACUACCAAACCAAGUUCCAGGAUGAGGAAAUGGAUUGGGAAAGGAUUGGCAAAUGGCAUUGCUCUUUCCUGUCCAUGCAUUCAAGUGGGACUUUGCACAAUUUGGCUAAGUACUUUCCCACCAUUCCCAGAAUUGGAUAAGUAUUCUUUAAAGGGGGAAAUAACAUUAGAAUGUAAUGAGGGCUCAGUUGUCAUGUUUUCCUGUGUGCUGAGCUAUAUGGGCUUCCUUUCUCUUGUCAGUUUUACUGUGGCUUUCCUAGCCAGGAAGUUGCCAGAUAGUUUCAAUGAAGCCAAGUUCAUCACUUUCAGCAUGUUGGUAUUUUGCAGUGUUUGGUUGUCCUUCAUUCCAGCUUACCUGAGCACCAAAGGGAAAUACAUGGCAGCUGUGGAGAUCUUCUCUAUCUUAAUCUCCACUGCUGGUUUACUAGCUUGCAUCUUUUCCCCUAAAUGUUACAUCAUUGUGCUGAAGCCUGAACUAAAUAACAGGGGCCAGUUAACAAGGAGAAGCAGUAGACGGAUAUAA